CGGAACCAACGAGUCAUGAUCUGGUAAGUCUGCGGGGUUGGCCCGUUGACACCACCAGCUCGUAUCUUUGUUUAAUAUACAUGUCAUUAGCUCAUGCGGUGAGUUUCCUUUUUCUCCACAGCUGCCAGGCCUUAUAAGACUACAAGAAACAGAAAACUAUCCUUCAGGUGAUACAAUAAACUCCCAUGCGUAUGAAGCUAUUUCAUUGAUGUAACUCUCGUACCCUCUCUGUCCAACUGAUGACGGUUGCGUCAUAUCUACCAUGGGAGAGUCUCCCCCGGCUUUAGGAUAUCUUGCGCCAAUUGGCGCCGGUAUUCUAGUGAUCAGUGUCUGGCUCGUCAUUGGAUUAAGGUACCGCCAUUAUAGAAGAAACCAACGGAACUCUCACUUCCUGGAUCUGGAGAGCAUUCCAUUUCGAAGAGGUCACUCGGUCAUAUCCAGUGGCGACGUCGACAAGCAGUUCCCGCAGAUGAAAUACAGCGACUGGUGGGCGGGCCAAAGUCGAAAAGGUAGUAUCGCGAAAGAAACUAUUGGGUCGCUGGGUUCGGUAUCAAAAGACGCCAAAGGCAAUGAGACAGAUAUUCUCGCUCCUGAAGCACAUGCCCAGAAGACAGAUUCUACUGAGAACACUCAAUCAGACAAGGCACAAGAGCAUUUUUGUGACUCGGGGAAUGCUUGUGAGCAUGGCAGCGAUGAUGCAGCCAGCGAGUCGGGUUGUUUAUGUGCCAUUUGCAUGGACUCGAUUGAGGGUGAAACCUAUAUUCGGCCUCUGACAUGCGGGCACAUUUUCCACUCUUCCUGCGUGGACCCGUGGCUCACUAGACGACGUGCAAGCUGCCCUCUGUGUAAUAAGAGCUUCGGUGACCAUGGAGCAAGGGAUACAGAGGAAACGGAUGCACCACCAUUCCCCUUUCUUGCCGUUCCAAGGGCAGCAAUGAUCAGAAGUGACGUUUUUCCCAGGACAAUCUGAGGCGAUAUCUAUUUCGAUGCAUCGUUAAUGUGCUCAAAGGUUACGAGUCUCCCGCUCGGCCUAAGGCCAAAGCUGGCAAUCUAGAUGUUGUGAAGUUUGGCCCCGAGAAGUCCACCCACGAGGCCCG